GAGAGAGUUGUUGGGUGGGUCGGUGAGUCGGUGAGUAAGAAUACGAGAGUGAAAGUGUAUGUGCGUUUGGGUGAGAUGUUCAAUGCAGGCUGGUUGCAUGUUUCGCCCUGUUUUGCUUUUCCCGCCUUCUCCCUCUCUUUUUCAUUUCUUCCCCCCCCCUUCUUUCUCUCUCAGGGUUUAUUUACUUGGCAGUGCCUGUCCGUACUUACCUGUGUGUUCGGUGCCUGGGCGAGCACGGCGUCGCGCAGGGCAGCGUCGGAAUCCGGUGUCCGCUGGCCCUCACCGUGUCCUCCUCCCCCGACGGCGGUGGUGAAGCGGGAAUCGUCGUCGAGCGAGGACGAGCGAGGUCGUCGAUACCGGCCGUUCCUCGCUUCGUCCCGGGGCUGGCGCGAAGGGUCGCUGUUGGCGUCGUACUGCUGGCCGUACUCGACAAAGUCGCCGGGGAACAUUGGGGGCGAGCCCUGGUGGUGCUGCUGCUGCUGGAGUCCCAUGGCCAUGAUGGCGAACGAAACAGGGUCGACGUCCCUUGCGGAGUCGAUCUUGGGCGAAAUUUGGUGGCGGCUUGGGGAGGAGGGGAGGGCCUCGGAGGUUGCAAGAUGGGACAGAAAGAGAGCGAUCGUUUGAGUGAGUGUCUGUGUGAGAUGCACCACACGGUUGACAAGAGGUAGAAUAGACAAAAACCCCGUUUGGAGUUUCACUCGGAGACGGGAAACCAAACACGCGAGAAUGAGAGCCGUUGGAAAGUUCGGAAGACAGGCUAGCGGAAACGGAGAGAAGGGAACCACAGACACAUUUGCAUUCCCGGGAGGUUUGUUCUUGACGGCUCCCGGACUUUCAUGGCCAGUCUGGAUGUUUUUUUAUCUCUGGCAAAGAUUCCGAGUGGCUGGGAGACACUAACAAUUUAUUUCCUUGUCCACUCAAAUCGCACCACAUUUUGUUACGUGCAGUUUUGACGAGUGUAAUAAUACGUGUCGGCGACAAUUGCAGUGGCUGGGAAC